AAUAUCUGAUAUUGUUCAAGUAUGAACAGCACAAUAAACAUCACAUAAUAUGUAUGCAUGUCUCAAAAUGAUGGCAACCAAAUAUCCAUCUUUAGAGUACACUUAAGUGAUCAUUGAUCACAGGUGUCAAAAAUUGGAAUGCAAAACAAUAUGAUAAGAUAUGGUACAUAGUUACAUAGUGGAGCGUUCUGCCUGUUAUUUCAGUUUAUUUUGUGCUUUAGUUGUGGAUAGAGAACGAAUAAAUUAGCAGUUAAUGAAAUUACAAUAAAUGAAUACCAACAUGGUAACUCUGGGGCCCCAGAACAGUUGCAGUUUACCGGGUUGGGAAUUAAAUAACAGUGUGUUGUAUUAAAUAUCUAUGAAAAGGGACAUAAGCAUGUAAGAUAACACAUCAUAUUAAUUUACAAUGUCUAAAAAUAGAUGGGCAACAUUUACAGUUUAGUUAUAUGAUUUGAAUGCCCUGAAAACAUAUUUUCUCAACCAGAUUCUCGCUCCCACAUGAAAGCAACAUUUUCUUCUGAAGUUAGAACAGUCUUGAUUAUUUAUUUAGCUGUUUAUCAUUGUGUCCUCAUUGCUAUCCUCACUGGUUUGAGUGUACAGAGUUUAUAUUUAUAUUUCCACGCAACAGCCAAAGUUUAGCCAUAUUUGAAUCAAAAUUUUUGUCUAACAGCACCGACACAGUCCUGAUGAUGAAGCAGAUUAGCUGAGUUUCUGUUUGUUAAACUCAUAAAAGAUCAUGACUGAUAAUGUUUUUUUUUCUGAACUUGAACUUAAACUGUUACAUUUUUAGCCACGAGUAUUAAUGGUUAUAGAGAAAUACUUUCUUAAAAAACAAGUUUUUAGGGGCUCUAAUCAAUAGAUUCUGUUAAUAGCAUACAUGACAUUAUUUGAAACUGGUUUCUCUAUCAAUAUUCAUAUUUCUGCAGCCAGGAUCACUGGGCUAAUGGGGGGAACUAGCAGCUACGUGGCGUCUGUGCAGCCGGCUUUAACCGGCAUGUCUGCUCCUGACAGGCUCCACAUGAAGGAGCCCUGGGGCCGGAGGAGAAGCUGCACAACAGCGCCCUCCAGCGCCUGAAGAGCGCCGUUUCCGCUUCCCACCCCCCGGCAGCCUGAUGGGAUGCUGGCGGAAUGUUUGAGGCGGGCUCUUCAGAGAGACCCAGGUGUUGGGACAACGUCCACGGGCAGCUAGUCCUUAUCGCUCCAGUAUUAUAACACAUCAGCAUUACCCGGUGCUGAGCCAUUUUGGACACAGGGGUCGACCGGCAGACUGUGCAGCUCGGCUCUGUCUCUGUCUCUUUCUCUUUCUCUCUUCGCUGCUGUGUGUGGAAGAAGAAGUCCACACGGAAGAGGUUGGAUGGCAGCUCUUUUCCAGAAGUUCACAAUGAAGACCGGCGUCUGCCUGCUGCUGCUCGCCGCUUUCAUCUGCGGAGUCGCGCUGGGCGAAGAAAAUGCAGCCGAGGAGGUGCAGGUGGAGGUGUUGGUGAAACCCGAAACUUGCUCCACACUUUCCAGUAUGGGAGACACGCUGCAAAUACAUUACACGGGUAAACUGAUGGAUGGAAAGGUGAUCGACUCAUCACUAUCUCGGGAUCCUCUUGUUGUUGAGCUGGGGAAGAGGACAGUUAUUGCUGGUCUGGAGCAAAGCUUGAUUGGCGUGUGUGAAGGGCAAAAAAUCAAAGCCACUAUUCCAUCUCACCUUGCAUACGGGAAGAAAGGCUACCCUCCUACGAUUCCAGGUGAUGCUGCUCUUGAGUUCGAGGUGGAGGUGAUCUCACUGACACAGCAGACGCCUUGGCAGAAAAUGGUCAACGAUGUGUUGCCCCUCGUAUGUUUGGCGCUGGUACCCACUCUGCUCGGCUUGGUGGGACUUUACCUCUACAAUAAGGCCAACGCUCAGAAGCCUAACAAAAAGAAGGCAAAGGACAAGAAGAGCAAGAAGAAAUAAGGAUAAGGGCAAUGAACUAUUUAAAUAAAAAUUUUUAAAUGUAA